AUGGCUAUGCAGUAUAAUACUGAUCAAAAGGGUUUACGCAUCGAUCAUACAACAUUAACACCACGUUAUUCGAUCACAAAUAAUGAAAGUCUAAAUGAAGGUAUUGCUUAUUUAAAUAAACAUGGUUAUGCAAUUUUUCGCGAUGUUUUAUCUCAAGAUGAAAUCAAUACAAAUAAAGAUUUAUUAUCGAGAUUUUUCGAAACUAUUCCCAGGUGUAAUAUUCGACGUAAUGAUCCUUCCACUUGGUCUAGUUUUUGGGAAGUACAGAAAAACAAAAUACAUUCUAUGAUAAUUUUAUUUUUAUGUCUUAGGCCAGUUUCUCUACCUCGUCUUUCCUCUUUAACUAUCGACACAUCGAAUAAUUCAGAAAAUCUCAAUGAUAUUUAUCGAUUGGUAUUUGUCUUUCCAACAUUAAAAUCGUUCAUAUUCAUGUCAGGUGCUAACCGAAGAAUCUCACUUCCAAUGGUUAUCAAUCAACAAAUGAACACUAUUGAAUAUCUUGCCAUUGAUCAUUCUUGGACUUACAAUUAUGUUUUUUCUAUUAUGUCUUAUACACCUCAACUUCGCCGUCUACAUCUUUCUCUUUAA